UGUGAAAAGCGCUUUUCUCGACCAGAUUCCCUGACGACGCACAUCAAAACACACUCCAAUGUCAGACCAUACCUCUGCUCGUACAAUGGUUGCAGUAAAGCUUAUUACCAUUCCAGAUCCCUCAAGAAGCACGAAAAGACUCAUGAGGUCGCUGGAAUGCAGCAGCAGAUGACACCAGCUUACCAAAACGCCUACAAUAUAUCUACGGGACCGGUGCCCGUAGAUUAUAUGAAUAGCCAUAUGGCAAUGCAUCAGCAGAGCCAAGUACAACAUCAAAUACAACAUCAGCAUCAUAACCAGCAUCAACAUCAUCAUCAACAACAGCAGGUUCCUUCUGUUCUUCCCCACCAGCAUUCACUUUCACUCCCUCUUCCACCGCAUGGCCAAUCUCCACUUGGACUUCCUCAUCAUCCUUAUCCACUCCAAUCGCCACACGCCGGUCUAUCUUCUCCUCAUCCCCACCCAUUUGUUCAGCACUAUAUUCCACCCACUCAUAUGAAGAACUAUCCCACCAACAGUAUGCCACAGUACUCACCAUCGGGUAUGGUUGAAUCCCCUGCAGGCACUCCUCAAGGUGUAAUUCCUCAUGGCUACGAUCCUACUCACCAGAACGGCUAUCAAUUCAGGAACGCAUAA